CCUUCCUCUACCGGGUCCUUCUUCCCCGGGCCGCCUGUCUCGCAGCCGGUCCUCCACGUGGGUGAGUGCGCCGCGCUGCCAGAGGCCGAAACUCUGCCGGGACCGGAGCUGCCGCCGCCGCCGGGCUAGGUGAGACGCGGGGCAUUUUUACUAACCAUGCAGCGCAAGAAGGUAGACAAUCGCAUUCGAGUGCUAAUUGAGAAUGGAAUGGCUGAGCGACACAGGACGUUGUUUGUUCUAGUUGGAGACCAUGGCAAGGAUCAGGUGGUUAUACUCCAUCACAUGCUAUCUAAAGCAGCUGUGAAGGCCAGACCCUCAGUCCUGUGGUGUUACAAGAAGGAGCUGGGCUUUAGCAGCCACCGUAAAAAGCGAAUGAGACAACUACAAAAGAAGAUUAAAAGUGGAACUUUAAACCUAAACCAGGAUGACCCUUUUGAGUUGUUUGUAGCAGCCACAAACAUUCGCUACUGCUAUUACAAAGAGACCCAUAAAAUUCUUGGUAACACCUUUGGCAUGUGUGUACUCCAGGAUUUUGAAGCCUUAACUCCAAACCUGCUGGCUAGAACUGUUGAAACAGUGGAAGGAGGUGGAAUUGUGGUGAUUCUCCUCAGAACUAUGAACUCACUGAAGCAGCUGUAUACAAUCACCAUGGAUGUUCACUCACGCUACAGAACAGAAGCAUAUCAGGACAUAGUAGGGAGGUUUAAUGAAAGGUUCAUUCUGUCUCUGGCCGCUUGUAAAAACUGCAUAGUGAUUGAUGAUCAGCUCAACAUUUUGCCAAUCUCUAGUCACAUUGCAAACAUAACUCCAGUUCUUCCACAGUCUCUGGAGGAUAACAUCAGACCUCAGGAUCUGGAGCUGAAGGAAUUGAAGGAGAGCUUGCAGGAUACGCAACCUGUAGGAGUGCUGGUGGAUAGCUGUAAAACUCUGGAUCAGGCAAAAGCACUUUUGAAAUUUAUUGAAGCCAUUUCUGAGAAGACUCUGAGGAGCACCGUGGCUUUAACAGCUGCCAGGGGACGUGGUAAAUCUGCUGCUUUAGGACUGGCUAUAGCUGGAGCCGUGGCUUUUGGUUACUCCAACAUCUUUGUGACAUCUCCCAGUCCAGAUAAUCUUCACACACUAUUUGAGUUUGUAUUUAAAGGCUUUGAUGCACUGCAGUACGAGGAACAUCUGGACUAUGAGAUUAUUCAGUCUCUGAACCCUGAGUUUAAUAAAGCGGUCGUCAGAGUGAAUGUGUUCAAGGAGCACAGACAGACUAUCCAGUACAUACAUCCCGCCGAUGCUGUGAAACUGGGCCAGGCUGAACUUGUGGUGAUUGAUGAAGCUGCUGCCAUCCCCCUUCCUCUGGUGAAAAACCUGCUGGGGCCUUACCUCGUCUUUAUGGCUUCUACAAUCAAUGGUUAUGAGGGCACUGGUCGGUCAUUGUCCCUGAAGCUGAUUCAGCAGCUCCGACAGCAGAGUGCACAGGCGCAAGCCAGCAUAACUGCAGAGAACAAAUCUACAGCUACGGCUAAACUCACCUCAGCUCGUACAUUGCAUGAAGUCUCCCUCCACGAGUCAAUCCGAUAUGCCCCUGGAGACCCUGUUGAAAAAUGGCUCAAUGACCUGUUAUGUUUGGAUUGUCUCAACAUCACCAGGAUCAUCUCUGGCUGCCCACUGCCUGAAACCUGCAACCUAUAUUAUGUGAACAGAGACACCCUCUUUUGUUAUCACAAAGCGUCGGAAAUUUUUCUCCAGAGGCUGAUGGCCCUGUACGUGGCUUCACACUACAAGAAUUCUCCCAAUGACCUCCAGAUGCUUUCAGAUGCUCCUGCACAUCAUCUCUUUUGCCUUCUGCCACCAGUCCCACCUACCCAGAAUUCCUUGCCAGAAGUACUUGCUGUUGUUCAGGUGUGUCUGGAGGGAGAGAUCUCUCGCCAGUCUAUCAUGAACAGCCUGUCUAGGGGGAAGAAGGCUUCAGGAGAUCUUAUUCCAUGGACUGUCUCAGAGCAGUUCCAAGAUCCAGAUUUUGGGAGCCUCUCGGGUGGACGUGUUGUUCGCAUUGCAGUCCACCCUGAUUAUCAAGGGAUGGGUUAUGGCAGCAGGGCUCUGACCUUAUUGCAAAUGUACUAUGAAGGCAAAUUCCCUUGCCUGGAAGAAGAAGUUACUCCGAAGCCAAAAGGAAUUGCCACCGUAAGCAGUGAGGCUGUCAGUUUGUUAGAAGAGGUUGUGACACCUCGGAAGGACUUGCCUCCUUUACUUCUCAAACUGAGUGAGCGACAAGCGGAGAAUUUAGAUUAUCUGGGUGUAUCUUAUGGCUUGACACCAAGGCUGCUCAAAUUUUGGAAACGUGCUGGAUUUGUACCAGUUUACCUGAGGCAGACUCCAAAUGACCUGACUGGUGAGCACUCCUGUAUCAUGCUGAAGAUGCUAAAUGAAGAAGAGAGUGAACAGGAGCACUGGCUCGCUGCCUUCUGGAAAGAUUUCAGGAGGCGGUUCCUGUCUCUGCUGUCGUAUCAGUUCAGCACUUUCCCCCCUUCAUUAGCACUGAACAUUCUACAGAACAAGAAUAUCAAGCAGGAGUUGCAACCUCCAAUCAGCCGUCCUGAAUUGGAAGCCGUGUUCCUCCCCUAUGACCUGAAGCGGUUAGAGAUGUACUCUCAAAACAUGGUGGACUAUCACCUGAUUAUGGACACAAUUCCUGCUGUCUCCAGGAUGUACUUUCUCAGCCAGCUAGGAGACACAUCCCUCUCUGCCGUGCAGUCUGCCCUUCUUCUGGGGAUUGGUCUGCAACACAAAUCUCUGGAUGUGCUGGAAAAAGAGAUAGAACUGCCCAGCAGUCAGCUGAUGGGCCUCUUCAAUAGGAUCAUCCGCAAGGUCGUCCAGUUGUUCAGCAGGAUCCAGGAGAAGGCUGUGGAGGAGCAGAUGGCAGUUACAAAGGAAGUUGUAAUGGAGCCAACCCUGAAAUCUUUAAAUGAGGACUUGGAAGAAGCAGCAAAGGAAUUCCAGGAAAAACAAAAGCAAGAAAUGGGGAAGCUGAAAGACAUGGACUUUACACAAUAUAUUAUCCGGGGUGAUGAUGAAGAAUGGAACGAAGUGCUGAACAAAGCAGGACAGAACACUUCGAUUGUGAGCCUGAAAAGUGAAAAGAAGAGAAAACUAGACAUGGAAAAAGGACCAAAACAACACAAGAAAUUUAAGAACAAAAAAGAUCCGAAGCAGAAGCAGAAGUGGAAGAAAUGACUUCAAAAAUUAUGAUGGACUUGAAUAACUAGGAGCAAGCUCCUGUCUAGGGAGCCCCAUCCCCUUUUUAAAGCAAGGACUUCUCUUGAAGAAGCAGUGUCUGGAGGGGAAGGACUGGGAGGCCCUUUUAAAGAAUAUAUUAAGGAAAAUACAGUGACAUUGCCAAGAGAUGCUGCCCAUGGGGACUUUUAUACUCUGUGCCUGGAGAGCCUGGUCUGAUGAGAGGCACUACACAACAAACUAGACUAUUACAAGGGUGCCUAAAUGCUAAGUGCUAGGAAAUGUCAAUUCCCAGGGCUAAUCAAUCCAUAAACAAUUUUCCCUUGUCUUA